UGACGUCAUUUUUACGCGACUGUCGUCGCCGGUGUACCUACAUGUGAAGAAUGAGGAAGGUCUUUUACGUGAUCAUUCGGUAAGUGGUGAGAUGUUGACGCAGGCUGCUGGAGUUUGACAACGCUCAUCUCAGUCCUCAUCUACUUGUGGCUCCUGCCACCAAAUCUGUCAAAACCAAUGAUGAGCCGCCUGCUGAGCAGGUAUGUCCGCCUUGUCUGUAGGAUGUCCUCCCAGGCUCCGGCUGCUGCCUUUCUUCCACCUGUGUCCUCUCUGUCUGGGCCUGCCAAGUUGCAGAGGGCUCAGAUCUCGCAAGGGGCCACGGUGAGACGGAUGUGUGAGAGGAUGGCUUCCAGGAAGCACAACAUUCCAGAAUUGCCCUUACGCACCAAGCUGGAUGAACUAGUGCAAAAGUCAACAUCACCGGAGGACGUUCUUCUCGCAUGGGCACAGCAUGGAGGAAAUGGCAACACGGCUGCUUGUGCCUUAAAGAAGUGGGCACAGUUGGUGCAGAAGACAAAGGGCGAAACUGAAAAAAGGCUAGCUCUGAGGACGGAUGCAAGGCUGCAGGACAUGAUGGACACCGUGUCUCAGCAGGUGUUUUCAGUAUGGAAUGGAAGUCUCGUGUCUCUGUUGCUAGCUCUGUGGACGAUUAAUGUCCCCAUGUGUGCUUCACUUCUUAAUUCUGUCGAGACAGAAGUCUUGUGGCGAAUCAGAAGACUAAGCUUCAAUCAGUUGGUCUCCGUGGUGUCCUGGGGGGCAGGUCGGCCACACCAGCAGGAUCUGAAAUUAGUGAAUGCGGCAUUAAAACAACUGGAAUUACGAUGGACUGAAAUCUCUAAUGCUAAAUCUGUCACCUUACUAAUGUGCAAAGGACAGUCCAUGUCAGCUGCACUGAUGGACAGAUUAGAAGACAAGGCUUUGGAGCUUUCAGAGAGCUUUACAGCAGAGGAGAUCCGUCGUGUGUGCGUUUGUUUCGCUACUCAGAACCGCAGAUCUGUUCCUCUUCUCAGAGCAUUUUCCUACCAUCUUCUUCAAAAGCCUUCAUCAGAGUUCACCGCUCCACUGAUAAUUGACAUGGCCUAUGUCUACGGGAAAUUGAGUUUUCACCAGACUUUGGUUUUCCAGCGUUUGGCCUCAGAGUUGUUGCCCAGAGUGAAGGACCUGAACUCGGCUGAUGUCACACGUUGUGCUAAGUCUUUGGGGUUCCUCAAAUGGCUUCACCUUCCACUUUUUGAAGCGUUUAUCGAGCACUACCUUGCAAAUAGUGACGCGUACACUGUUUCCCAGCUCUGUAAUCUACUGUUGACUUUGGCCAGACUGAACUUCCAGCCAAGUACAGGAGAAGAGUUUUAUAACAAGGUUCACUUCGUGCUGAAGGAUGCACUCUCCAGCCUGGAGCCUUUCCUACGGACAGAUACGGUGUGGUCUUUAUGUGUGCUACAGCAAGCCAAACCACAGUACCUUAUCCCCCUCGUACAACAGGAACAUGCUACCAAACUGUCAGAAGGCAGUCCAGCUCAAGGGGAGCGCUAUCGGCAAAAGCUCCUCCAUAUCGCCGCUACUCUUCAUUUGGAACAUCCAGGCUCUGCUGGGACAACAGCAUUUCCACUGUCCUUAGAUGCCCUACCUGCUCCGGGCGGCAGCUCCACCCUCUCCCCCUUGCAGAGCAGUCUAAGGGAAUCAUUACACCAGUUUGUGGGUGAGAACAGCAAGGCCCUUCGCACUGGGGUUGACACCCUGUACGGAUGGACUAUUGAUGGUGAAAUGAUUUUAGACAGGGACAAUAAGCCAGUUGACAUUACGAUGAUGACCGCCCCUCAUCUACCUGGCGGAGGAGGAAACCGGGCUUUACCCGCAGAAGCACGACGGCUUGCAUUCUUGGCUCUUGAAUAUCCAAAUUAUGUUUUAAAGAGUAAAGAUCUUCUGGGACGGUUUGUUAUGAUGAAGCGGCAUCUCCAGUUGGCAGGCUUCAUCACAGUGGAGGUGCCGUAUUAUGAGUGGCAGGAGCUGAAUACAGACUGGCAGAAGCUGGCAUACCUGAAGGAUAAGAUGGGGAAGGCUGUGGCUGAGGACAUGGCCAAGUGAAGUGGGCACUAGAGCUUUCUCAACCAAAUGGUUCCAAAGGAAAUUCACAUAAACACCUCCUGUGUGUCAGUGCUGCAGAAAAGCUCUUACGUUGUUGGGAGGGAGAGACAAAAAAAAAAAAAAUCAUAUUUUCACUCUAGUUCCCAUGACAACAUAAGGGCUUUCCCUGUUUCUAUGGUGAUGAUGAGCGAGAGUUUUGGAGCUGGCAACAGAAAUAAAACAGUUAAUCCUACAGUAGGAAAAAACAAAAGAUCACCUGAGUUGUUGCACGCGUUACUGACACAGAAACACUGGAGCCCUGUGAAGAAUUAAAUUUAAAUAUGAAAAUAAAUGUUCAUGGAGUCAUCUUGUGAUAGAAUAAACUGAUCUGCUGGCUCA